AUGCCUGAGCUCACCCAGAACUGGCCUACCUUCACCAAUCUGAGCAACUUCCAGUUCUGGGACAAAGAAUGGAAGAAACACGGGACGUGCGGCGGCUGUGCUGAAAAUCUGAACUCCCCCCCAAAAUACUUCCGAGCCAGCCUCUCCCUGCACUCCAAAUAUAAUAUCGACAGGGUAUUUCAAAGAGCUGCCAUUGUCCCAUCCUGCAACCGCAGUUACCAGGUACCCUUUCCCCCAAAAAAAAUGUCAGGCAAGGAAGAGAAAUCUAAAGAGGUCCAGCGGCAGCCCAAGUUGGCAGCAUCCCUCCAGCAGGGCGACACCCAGUCUCAUUGGAAGGAAAAGCCACAGUUCUCCGUCGCCUCAGAUGAGUCUCUUUCUUACCCAGAAUGUUCCGGCCCUGUAGACGUCACACAGAGAAAGGAUGCAUCGCUCUCUCACCCCCUUUCCUCCAAGAUGCUUCCUGUGGCCACUCCUUUCAAGAAGCUGCUCCUGGAUGGAUGGGAUCAGCCGAUGGGCAACAAUUGUAAUAAGCAAGUGGAGGACCAAGAUCAAGAAAACCAGAUUCCUCACGAUCACCGCUGUGCUGCACUGACCAGCGACAUCUGCGAGAUGCUGCUUGGAGGGCUGCCCUACCAAGACUGCACGAGCACCGUGGCAGCCUUCAUACUGGAGAGAGAGGUUGCUGACAGCCAGAGCUCCUGUGGGGAGACAUAUGAGCUGGUUGCCCUGGGAACGGGAGACGUUUGCUAUGAGGGUUGGAUGGAGUUCAACGGCAGAACUCUCCACGAUAUGCAUGGGCUGGUGGUGGCCCACAGAGCCCUGAUAAGGUACUUCUACAAGCAGCUACUCAUGUUUAGCAGCAACGACCCUGCAGCUGUUGAGAAAUGCAUCUUCUGCCUCACAGAGGAUGGGACGCACUUGGCUCUGAAGCCAAGAUUCUUUCUGCAUCUCUACCUGAGCCGCAGGCCCAGCGGAGCUUUGGAGAACUUCCACGUCACCACGUCACACCCAAAUCCGCCUGUCGAGCUCUACGUCAGCGUGAAAGGCACUCUGAGGCCUGUUGCCUACUGCCGUCCCAGCUUGCUGGCCGCUUGCAUCUGCUGCCUGUCUGGCAGUGACAAAUUGACCCUCUGGACCAUCUUGGGUGUCCAGGGGGCGCUCCUGAGCCACAUCAUUCACCCAGUCUACAUCACCAGCAUCGUCCUGGCCGACGCUUACCAAGACAGUGCCAUCCUCCACCAGGUCAUUAACAACCGGCUGCAGCUAGCCAAGGAAAGCUUGCCGAAGCCCUACCGUCAGAACCCCGUGCACCUCUUCAAAGGCCCCAGCGUCGCCUCUCUUGACGUUCUGCCCAAGUGCCAGUCUUGGAGCCUCAACUGGUGUGGUGGCGACGAAGCCCUGGAGCUGGUGAACGGGGCGGUCGGGAAGGCAGCAUGGGACAUCAUGAGCCCAGACGGCCCCUGCCACCCCAGUCGGAUUUGCAAGGCUGCUAUGCUGAAGUACUUCCGGAAAGUGGCGAAGGAGAUGAACAGAGGGGGCCUGGCCACACUGGCCACUUACCACGAAGCCAAAGUUCAAGCAGUGGCCUAUCAGAGUGUGAAGCAACAGGUCUAUGCCCAGCUGAAAGUGCAAGGUUUUGGCAAGUGGUCCUCAAAGAGGCUUGUGGACAUCUUUGCCAGCUGA